AUGGGAGCAGAGCAGUCCACGAACCGGAAUGCCGGCAGCGCUGCUCAGGCACCGGCCGCCUUGCGAAAGACAUGUUACUACGAGCUGUUGAGUGUUGAGCGAACAGCGACAGACGAAGAAAUAAAGAAAGCAUAUCGACGCAAAGCUCUGGAGCUGCAUCCGGACCGAAACUUCAACGACACGGAAAAUGCCACCCGCAAAUUUGCCGAAGUUCAGACAGCAUAUGAAGUCCUGUCGGACGCCCAGGAACGAGCCUGGUAUGACUCGCACCGCGACGCCAUUCUUCGUGGCGACGACGACACAGCCGAUGCCGACGGACAAGAGGCGUCUUCGCGCUUCUACAACAACGUCCGCCUGACACCCACCGAAGAGCUCUACACGCUCAUGGGACGCUUCAAUUCCAACGUGCCCUUUACCGAUUCUCCCACCGGCUUCUUUGGCAUUCUGAACGAGACCUUCGCCCAGCUCGCUCUCGAGGAAGAGACCGUAUGCAGCUGGGAUGGGCAGGAGAUCCCGAUACAGUACCCACCCUUUGGCGAGGCGGCCGAUGGCUACGAUGCCGUUGCUAAGCCCUUUUACCGUGACUGGUCCAAUUUUGCAACGCGCAAAUCGUUCAGCUGGAAGGACAAGUACAGGCUUUCGGAUGCGCCAGAAAGAGCGGUGCGCCGCCUCAUGGAGAAAGAGAACAAAAAGGCCCGCGAACAGGCCCUGCGCGAGUUCAACGACGCCGUGCGAUCUCUCGUUGCUUUUGUGCGGAAGCGCGACCCACGCUACGUGCCAAACGUGCAGUCCGAGGCCGAGCGCCAGAAGAUCCUGCGCGACUCAGCCGCUGCGCAGGCAGCUCGCCAGCGGGCGGCGAACCAGGAGAGGCUGACCGCGUCCUAUGUCGAGCCCGAGUGGGCACGAUCCCGCCCCGGUGGCGAGACAAACGAAUACGAAGGCGGGUUUUCGAGUGACGCUGAAUCUGAGGUGGUCGAAGAGAUUGAGUGUGUGGUCUGCGACAAGUCGUUCAAGAGCGAGAAGCAGUUCGAGGCGCACGAGAAAAGCAAAAAGCACAUCAAGGCUGUGCAACAGCUGAAGAGGCAGAUGAAGAGGGAAAACGCCGAGCUGCGCCUGGAUUCCGAGCCUGAGCCCGUGCUUGCACCCGCACCCGAGCCGACAUCGGAAGUAGAGCACAACGAGACAGGGGAGACGAUAGCAGACCCUGAAGAUUCUGGUCGCACGGAACACAAAAGUACUCCUGACCGGAAAAUUGACGGGCAAAACGACGACGAGGAAGAGGAAGAAGAAGAGGAUGAAAACGACGAAUAUGCUCCGAGAGAUGUGGUCGAGAAGCGUUUUCUACCCGUCCAGGACGAUCAGUCUGACGGUCCUGUUGACGCCGACGGCUUGGCAGCUCAGCUGGACGAUCUUGACAUUGGCCAGAGCCAGGCCUCGAUUGCGCAGGCCAAGAAGGUCGGCAAGGCCAAGGCAAAGAGGGACAAAAAGGCAGCGCGCCAAGCUGCUGUCGCCGCAGAUCAGCCGGAUUCGGUGAAGACAGCUUGCAAGAUUUGCAGCAUGCCCUUUGCCUCAAACACGAAGCUACACCAGCAUCUGAAAGCAGAGCAUCCCAUGUCCGAGCCCACAAGGAAAACAAAGGCAGGCAGCAAAAAGAAGAAGGGCUGA